CGGCGCAGGCGAGUCGCAUAAAAAACACAAAAGCGAAACAAAGAAAGGAGGAAGCGCGAGGGGUUCGCUCCUAGUGUGUUGUUCUGCGCAGGCGCCAGUGUUUGAAGUUUGCGGCAGGGGACCUGCCGGCCGGCGGGCGGGCUGCAGUCUCUCUGGGGCGCGAUGGACGAAGACUUUUUGCUGGCGCUCCGGCUACAGGAGGAAUGGGAGGCGCAGGACGGCGACGACGGCCAGGUGGAGGCGGUGGAGGACGGCGCCGCCAGCAGCAGCAGCAGCGCUCCGCGGCCGCUCUCGGUGGUGGACGAAGCCUGGGAGCUGCUGGAUCCCAACCCCGACAUACGAGGCCUUUUCCUGCAGUUCAACGAGACCCUUUUCUGGGGGCGCCUGGCGGCCGUGGAAGUGAAGUGGAGCCCGCGCAUGACGCUAUGUGCAGGAGUUUGCUGCUAUGAAAGACAUGGUGGAAUGUGCUCUAUUCGACUUAGUGAACCCCUUUUAAAAUUGCGGCCAAGGAAGGAUCUUGUAGAGACUCUCUUGCAUGAAAUGAUCCAUGCCCUGCUGUUUGUUACUAAUAAUGACAAAGAUCAUGAUUCUCAUGGCCCAGAGUUCUGCAAACAUAUGCACCGGAUAAAUCGCUUAACGGGUGCCAAUAUUACGAUCUAUCAUGAGUUUCAUGAUGAGGUGGAUUCCUAUCGUCAGCACUGGUGGCGUUGUAAUGGGCCUUGUCAACAUAGAAAGCCAUAUUAUGGCUAUGUGAAGCGUGCAAUGAAUAGAGCUCCAUCUGCAAAUGAUACUUGGUGGUCUGAGCACCAACAGACCUGUGGGGGUACAUUCACCAAGAUCAAAGAGCCAGAAAACUACUGCAAGAAGGGCAAAGAGAAGAACCAGCAACCGCAGUUCCUUGCCGAUGACAAAGGGAGGACUUCUGGAUGCAGUAUACAAAGCAUAAUUCCUUUCAGUGGGAAGGGAUAUGUCCUUGGAGGAAAAACUAGUGUGUCAUCAUCCUUAGACAAACCCACCAGUGCAAGCUACUCCAAGGACAGAGAGCUCCUCAGAUCACCACAUCAUUCAUCCCCUACUUUGCCUAGACCAAAUCCUAGGAAUGAACAAAAUAUUUCCUGUAAAACUAAUUCCCUUCCGUUUUUUUGUAGUGGUGAUAAAAAGAACUUUGAUUCCAGCCUUACACUUCCUAAAGUUUCUGUUGCUAAUAAAAAAGCUUACACUAAUGUCAAUGGCUCACCACUUAAAAAUGUUUCAUUUAAUAUAGGAAGAUCAAAUAAAACUACUGCAUGGGAUUUACCACGAAAAGGAACACCAAGAAAAAGCAUUUCGCAGCCAGUUGCGUCAGCUCAUAAAUCCCCAACUCCAAAGUCUCAAGGAAACAGCCCUACACAGAGUGGUGUACCACCCAAACGAGCAAGAAUGGAAAACACAGUUGCCUUUGAAAACUACUUUCUAAAGCAAAAGGAUUCAGGAGGGACUACCCCUCCUGUAAAGAGCAAAGCUGAACCAGUGGCCUUGGUAACUGCUAGUGUCAAUGAUGAAGAGAGAAAGGUUUGCUGCCCUGUCUGCCAGUCUGAAGUUUUGGAGGCUAAAAUUAAUGAACACCUAGACUGUUGUCUUUCAGGUUUUGUUUAAUGUGUUUCUAAUCUUAAGAAAGCUGCUUCGCUUGGAAUUGGCUCAUCUGAGUGUUCCAUGUAUGUUUGUUGUCUCUUUUUGUGGCAUCAUCUUUAUAUGCAGUGGUGUGGAAGGAAUGAGGAACAUGUCACUGCAGAUAUUAUUAAUCUGGGAAAAGCAGAUAUGCAGAUAUUAUUAAUCUGGGAAAAGUUGAUAGUAGUUACAACCCAGCAACUAGGAGGUAUACAGUUUUUUCAGUCUGGAUACGUAUCUGUUUUAUAAACCUUUAUACAUACUAGCAGUGCAGCAAGUUCUGAACAUUCCUAUGUAGACAUGAGUAAAAUACGUGUGAUAGGAAUUUUAAAGAAAUUACUAUGCAUGUAAGGUUUUAAGUGCAUAAUUUAAAGAAAAAGCAAUAUAUAAAAUUCUAUUACAAUUGAAAAAAAGCAGUACAUGUUUGGUUUCAAGGAGGAUGAUUUAAGUACCUGUUCUUCCUUUACAAGUAGCAAUGCUUUUGAACUCCAAAAGGCUUCAGACUGUUUAUCAAUAGGAUAAAAAUCAAUGUGAAUUCAUUUAUUCACCCUGUCAGGUAGGAGGAUGAGAUCAGAGUACUGAUCCUAAAACUUCUUAUUGCCCCAGUUCAUCAUAGUCCUCCUAAGUGCAUCAGCCCAAAUGAAAUAACUGUCUGGAAUACAGUAUACAUAUUGGGAGAGGAAGUUUCAAGAGAUAUUAGAUGCCAUUAAUGCAACUUGCUUAAACUGAGCAGGUGGGUUUCUUUUAUUGGACCCAGUUCAUAAGUUUGGCUCUGAUCAAGAUGGAUGCUUCCUGCUUCUUGGAGUGUGUGCUUUUCAUAGGGAAACACUGCAAUAAUUAUCUUAAGACACUCCAGUGAUCUGAAUUGAUCAAUUAAUUUCAAGAUUAAGUGAGAGACAGCCAGAGUUGUCACUCAAAUUUAGUUCUUUAUCAGAAUCAUAUUUAGAUUGUAAGAUCUUAAUGUUUAAAAAACGUUAUAAGUCUUAACCUUUUAAAGUGAUUUAGAGGAGUCAUUUGCUACUGUGGAAGAAUCUUUUUUUAAGACCAAUUCCUGUUCUGUUUAAAUAUCCUACCCAAUUCUGACAUAAGGGAAGAGUUGGGAUAUCCUCAAAUUCAUGAUGAUUAUAGUGUUUAUGCAUAAGCUGAUUAUAUGUAUGACUGAGCCCCAAGAGGAAAAAAAUAUGCCCCAUUUGUACCACCCAAUUGCUCCAAUGAGUUCAGAAAAAUCAUAAGGUGUUUGUCAUUAUUGUUAGCCAGACAACUUCUGGCUAAUAGCUGUUAUUGCACAAGAGAUAAGCUGCUGUCUGUUUCACCUGAAAAGUGCCUACAAAUGAAGCCAUUGAUGAUAUGUAUAUAUUUGUUCAUGUAAAAUGAAUGGCUCACUCUUGCUGAAGUACUUGAAAUGAGCAUUUGAUAACUGUUAGAUUUUGACAUAUAAAAUAAAACAUCUCUUCAGAAACA